AAACAACCAAUCAGAAGCCUGCGUUUGUCUACCUAAACAACCAAUCAGAUGACUGCGCUUGUCUAUAAUAAUGUAGUUGAAAGAUGUAUAAAUACGUGUUGAUUUUCAUAAUAAAACGAUCUGUUGCCAGCCCUUGUCUUCUGUUGUUACAUUUGGUGUCGCUGCCUACCGACAAAUGAAAAGCCUAUACCCUGCAGUUUUUGAUGGAGACAUAUGGAUCUUCGGGCAGGACUUCAAGGCUUCUGCGCAGUUGAGUGGCGUUCAAGAUCUGUCAGCGAUGGAGCUGCUACUUGAGACGCUGCUGGGAGGUCGGGCGAAAGCAGCAUAUGAAGGUGUGGGCCGAAGUAUGGACGAAUGUUCGACAGGGUCAGGCAAACAGUUUCCAAAGUGGGAAGGACCAUAUAUGGUCACGUCGAGAUGGGGUUACGCAGACACAGUCGCAAUGGCGAACAAUGAGAGGCGCGUGAACGUCAGCGAGCUCCAGAAAUGGAUACAGCGAGACAAGCCAACGAUGACGCCUGCGCCAAGUAGAUCAAGCCGACUUCAGUCGCACGUAUUUGACGGGGGGACGAGUGUGGUGAGAGCAGGCUGCUAGCCGAUUGGUUGGCACUAAUCUACGUUAAGGUCUAGGUCACUAAUAUGGGCCGUGAGAAAAUAUGAACAAGCCUGAGUAAACAACCAAUCAGAAGCCUGCGUUUGUCUACCUAAACAACCAAUCAGAUGACUGCGCUUGUCUAUAAUAAUGUAGUUGAAAGAUGUAUAAAUACGUGUUGAUUUUCAUAAUAAAACGAUCU